AUGAAGAAGAUCUUGGUUCACGGAAUUAAGGAAAAGACACCUAUGGGUUUCUGCGAUGUCCCACGAAAAAACCUGUUGGACUUUUUACGUGAUAUGAAAAGCAUAUCUGUCCCAAACGAACCCAGAUACAAACCUCUGAAAAAGAUUCACAGGGCCGCAAGCGAGGGUGAUGCCCAGAGGCUGCAGAGAAUGAUCAGUCUCGGGAAGCACAGCGUGAAUGACAAAGACUUUAAGGAGAGGACUGCUCUGCAUUUUGCCUGUGCCUAUGGCCAGGUGGAAAUAGUAAAUGUUCUGCUGAAAAAUAAUUGUGACAUUGAUGCUGUUGACAGGAACUCCAUCACACCUCUGAUGAAGGCUGUACAAAACUGGACAUACGGAUGUGUGUGUGCAUUGCUGAAGCACGGUGCUGAUCCAAACCGUAUGGACAAAAAUGGCAACACUUCUCUCCACUAUGCUGUGUCUGAAGACAACCAAACACUGGCUAAAUGCUUGCUUAAAUACAAUGCAGACAUGGAAAUAAAGAACAAGGAUGGCUUUACACCACUUUUAUUGGCUCUCAAGGAGAAUAAAAUAGAGAUGGCAAAGUUUUUAGUAAGGAAAGGAGCAAAUAUACACGUAUUUGAUGAGAUGAAAAGAAACACACUGUUGUAUGCUGUAAGGUGGGAUUCAAAAGACAUGGUGAGUCUGCUUCUGGAUGAAGGUGUUGACUUUUUCUUUAAAGAUGUAUUUGGAUGGACUGCAUUACGGUAUGCUAUUGAAGGGACAAGUAAAGGUAGUCGAGAGAUUCUCAUGAACUAUGAUGAAAAGUUACGCAGAAAAAAUAAAGAUGACAGUCUAGAAUACAAGAAUUCUGAAGACAAUUUGUUACCCAAGCACCACAAUGAUCCUACUUCUGUUUCCACCUUGCCUAAAUCAAAUGAGAAUGAGUGUGAUUUUGAUGACGAGCUGGAUACUUCUAAGUAUGCUCUCGCUAAAUGUCCUAAUAACUUCCGUGGGGCUGGAGAUCAAAGAGACAAAAAUGAAUCAAGUGGAACAGUAGAUGAUUCCUCUAAAGAACAACUCAUGUCAAAGCCUGCCAUUGAAAAAGUAGAUUCUGUUGCAUAUGAAGAAUCAGGAUCAAAUCAGGAGGAGUCAACACUUGCAGAAUCAGACAUAUUUACCACUGAAUCACUGGAAGAAAAGGUCUCAGACGACAGUGAAAAUAUUCAGCCAUCGGUAUGA